AGUAACGUUACCAGGCGGGACCUUGAAGUAAAACAUAAACAAUGGCGUCUGUAACUUCGACCAGACCCUACCAUAUCAUCGUUUUCGGUGCCACAGGCUUCACGGGGCAGUUUGUCGUUGAAGAGGUCGCCCGCUGUGCCGCAGACAGUCCCGUCGGUAGCCCUCUGAAAUGGGCCGUGGCCGGGAGAAGCAGACAGCGCCUGGAAGAAGUGUUGAAACAAGCCGCGGGGAGGCUGUCUAUGCCAGAGCUGAGAACAGACAUCGAAAUGAUUGUUGCCGAUGUGUCCAUUGAUGAGUCGCUGGCCGUCAUGUGCCAACAAGGCGUGGUGGUCCUCAACUGUGUGGGACCUUACAGAUUUUAUGGUGAACCAGUGGUUAAAGCUUGCAUAGCAAAUGGAGCUCACUACCUGGACAUCAGUGGCGAGCCUCAGUUCCUGGAGCGGAUGCAGCUGGAGUACCACGCCGAGGCCUUGGACAGAGGAGUGUAUGUGAUUGGCAGCUGUGGCUUUGACUCCAUACCGGCAGACCUGGGUAUUCUGUACACACAGAGGCAGUUCAAAGGGACCUUGACGGCUGUGGAGAGCUUCCUGAACAUUAGCAGCGGGCCUGAGGGGUUUUCUGGCCACGACGCCACUUGGCAGUCUGCUGUGUACGGUUUUGCAGACAGCGGAUCCCUCCGCCAGCUGAGGAGGAAGUUUGGCCACAAGCCGCUGCCUGUGGUGGGAGCCAAAGUCAAAAAGAGGGGUUUUAUGUUUUUCAGCAAGGAGAUCGAGCAGUAUGCCAUCCCAUUCAUGGGCUCUGACCCCUCAGUGGUCAAGAGAACCCAGCGUUUCCUUUACGAGGAGGAACACCAGUCACCGGUCCAGUACAGCGCCUACAUCGGGGUUGGUGGCCUCUUCUCGGUAGCUAAGCUCCUCUGUGGCGGCCUGUUGUUCUGGCUCAUGGUCAAAUUCAGCCUGGGCAGGAAGCUCCUCACCACGUUUCCAUCAUUCUUCUCCUUUGGCUUGUUCACCAAGUCUGGUCCAACCAUGAAGCAGAUUGAAAACACCUGUUUUAGCCUGACAUUUUUCGGGGAGGGCUACUCAGAGGGUACAGAUCCCUCGCAGGGCCGGCCCAACUCUAAGAUCUGCACCCAGGUCAUAGGACCAGAGCCGGGUUAUGUAGCAACAGUUUCUACUAUGGUACAAGCAGCCGUUACCUUGCUGAAUGAAGUGCACUCUCUCCCCAGGAGGGGAGGGGUGUACACCCCAGGAGCUGCCUUCUAUAAAACCAGUCUGAUCGACCGCCUCCACGAGCACAGCGUCAAGUUCUCAGUCAGAAACUACCAGUAGCUCUGUAACAGUAACUGUUACAGUAUGUUCUAUUCGUACUGGUGUCCACUGGAAACCUCUCAUCCAGUCAACAUGAUCACUUUUUACAGUGAGUGUAACUGAACCCUGCGUCUAUUGUUUUUCUGUUCAUUGCUUUAGUAAUAUCACUCUGAGAACUGGGAUCUGGGAUCAGAGCUGAACAGAACCACUAAAGCAGGGUCCACUGUUUUUGCUCAAGGACACUUGCUCUCUGCUGUGAAGCAGGAUCUGUGCUUUUAAUGUGGAUGAAUGGAAAUCUGUUGUGUCAUCAGUAGAAAGUGAUCACACAUCACUGCUGGAUCUCUACAUUUAAUAAGACAUAUCUUACACACUAAUUAUUUGACUAUGCAUUUGUGAAAAUAAGCGAGAUUGAUUCAUCACAUUUGAUCAAGUUGAAUAAUCUUAGAUGCAAACUUGAACUUGAAAUGUAAGAAAAUAUAAAACACUAAACUUGAUUCUGACCAGAAUGAUGACUGAAUAGAAACUGUUUUCCAGUGAACAGUUCACUGUGUGUUUGAUUUGUUGAUUUUAAAUCUAGUUUAUAAUCAAUAACAUAAUAAAGCACUGGAACGAUACAGGAUGCAGAUGUUUUUAGCUGCUGGACUGAGCCGACUCGCACCCUGUCAACGAUAUGAGCUGAGUUUCUAAUUAACGUAUGUAAGAAAUGUUCUUACGGUUUUACAGUUAUGGAGAAACUAUAUUUAAGGACAUGAUCUUAUGGGAUAAGUCUGGAAAUAUUAGUAUUUUUAUUGUCGUUUCCAUGAAAAAGGCAAAACAACCAUGAAUGUAUCUGACCACCACUAGCACUAGCUGACAUGCUCCUUCAGUGCACACACACACACACACACACACUGUAGUUUAUUUGGACUCAAUCCCACAUACACAGUCCUGCUGUGGAAACAGCCUAUUGUGUGCCAAAUCUACAGCUGAAAACAGUCCCCAGCAAAUACACAAUUUGCUGCUGUUGGAGUGACACUGGUGAAAACUACAGUGUCUCAUUAAAAAAAUGUUCAUCCUCGGUAGGGAGCAAUGGGCUGAGAGCCACGGACAGAGAAGUGUGAAAGUAUCCAGACUGACAUCUUUUUGGUUUUUUUCAUGUGAUUUCUAGAGACCAUUCUUUUAAUGUACUGAUGCCUGCAGUUAAAUCAACAAAAGAAUAAACUUUUAUGUGUAAUGAUGGAAUUUCCCACUGAAAUGGUACCUUGAAGGCAUCAUUGCAGAUGUUGUGAUUGUUGGAGGUGUUGGCAGAGAGUGCUGUGUGUUUUUGAGUGUUGUCAGUGUGCAGGUCUGUUAAUAAAUGCCGCUGAGUGUU